AUGCCGCAGUCUCCGAGGUAUGAUCAUGAGGAGACCGUCGCCACGAAGUCCUUUGCUGAGAAGUGUCCCGUCGAAAUGGGUGAAGCAAAGGACUCUCCUUGGCCUUGGCUCGAUUUGCGUCUCCUAUGCAAGAUGCUCAGGGAGUACCUGGUGCUCAAGAACAUGUCCGAAGCGGAGUAUGUUGCGGACUUUAUUCUGAAAGGUGGUGACAAAGAGGAGUUCAUGUCCAAGUUCUCAAAGGCGAUGAGCCCCGGCUUUGAUCCGGAUGUGGACUUGGACCGCCUGGGGGUGGCCAACCAGACCACCAUGUUGAAGGGUGAGACCGAGCUGAUUGGCAAGCUCUUUGAGAGGACAUUGAUCAAGAAGUUCGGUCCGCAGAACAUCAAUGAGCACUUCUUAUCCUUCAACACCAUCUGUGAUGCGACACAGGAGCGGCAGGAUGCCAUGUACAAGAUGUUUGGCACCGAGUACGAGGCAAUCACACGAGCUUGGGGAGCUCUUUUCAGAGCUCUGGAGCCUUCGAUUUCAUAG